AUGGCGAUGAUGAUGACUGGCCGUGUGCUGCUGGUGUGUGCUCUCUGCGUGCUGUAUUGCGGUGCCGGCUGUGGUGCGGCCGAGGAACCUGGAGGAGCGGCAGAGCCCGAUGUGGUGCCACUUGGUUCUACUCAGCAACAAAUAACAGGUGGCAGUCAACGAGAAGAUAAAGGUGCCAAAGAAGAACAAGGACAGGGAAGGGAUACAAACAAUGGAGAUGAACAACCAAUAAAAAAAGAAGAAGCAGAUGAACAACAAAGCCAAGAACAAAUCCAAACACAACAAGACGCUCAAGCACUAAAAGGAAAUGCAACACCCCAGCCCGCAGGAAAAUCAUCGGAAGAAGGCGAAAUUGAUGACGAUUCGGACGUUCAAAAUGAAAUAAAAGUUUUGGAUGAUGGGAAACGAAACGAAGAAAGGGUUCAGAGCCAAGAAGAAGUUGCACGUGACGAAGACGCUUCGACAGUGAAUUUAAAUGACAGCCAGCAGGAAACAUCAGGAGGCAUACGUACAGGAGACCUUCGGGGAAAAAGCCGACAAGAAGGUGAAAAAGAAGAGGAUGAUGGGGGGAAAAAAGAACGGGAAAAACACCAAAAGGACAACAAACGAAAACCACAAGAACAAAAUGAAAUGCUGCAGCAAAAGCAACAACAA